CCGGCGGGCUUAUUUGUCGCGAGGAAGGAGGGAGCCCUCGCGGUAGCGGACGGGAGCAUUUUCAAGAGAUUUUCAGUUGACAGAGAGCUGUUUGAGUGGUGCUCUUCUUAGGCCUACAUGACCCUGAAGGUACUCUGCUAAAUUAGAACUUUCCUGCAGAUGGAGGAACUGGAACAGGGCCUGUUGAUGCAGCCAUGGGCAUGGCUGCAGCUUGCGGAGAACUCCCUCUUGGUCAAGGCUUAUAUCACCAAGCAGGGAUAUGCCUUGAUGGUUUCAGAUCUUCAACAGGUGUGGUAUGAACAGGUAGACACUAGUGUGAUCAACCAGCGAGCCAAGGAGCUGAACAAGCGGCUGUCUGCUCCCCCUGCGGCUUUUCUCUGUCAUUUGGAUAAUCUGCUUCGCCCACUGUUGAAGGACAAUGCUCACCAUAGUGAAGCUACCUUCUCCUGUGAUCGUGAGGUAGAGGCACUGAUUUUACGGGUGCGGAGUGAGCUGUCUGGUCUCCCCUUCUAUUGGAAUUUCCAUUGCAUCCAAGCUCGUCCUUCUCUGGUCUCCCAACAUUUGAUUCGUCCUCUGAUGGGCAUGAGUCUAGCAUUGCAGUGUCAAGUGAAGGAGCUAGCAAAAUUGCUUCGUAUGAAAGAUCUAGAGAUCCAGGACUACCAGGAGAGUGGGGCUACAUUGAGCCGAGAUCGAUUGAAGACAGAGCCAUUUGAAGAAAAUUCCUUUUUGGAACAAUUUAUGGUAGAGAAAUUACCAGAGGCGUGCAGCAUCAGCGAUGGAAGACCCUUUGUCCUGAAUCUGCAGGGUCUGUACAUGGCAGUCACCAAACACGAGUUCCAAGUGGGACACAAGCAUCAAGACAUUGGAGACCCUCAGACCUCAAGCAGUGCCUUCCUGAAAGGAAUUGAAAGCCAACUUCCAAACCAGCCAGAACAACCGGUCUCCUCAGCACCAGCCUUCUCAGCACCUCAGAAAGAGCCCACAGGUACUUCCGGCUCUAUGCAGAGACCUCAGCUGUCAAAGCUCAAGAGGAAGAAGCCAACGGGGCUCUUCAGUUAACCUGGCAUGGUCUCAGCUGCUGAGGAUGGACUUGGAGCAUAGCUUCCAAGCUUCUCCUUUAAAGGAGCUCACAUGACAGCAACACCUCUAAAACAGAGUUAUAUAGUCAGAGGGCCACUGUAAGGGCAAGAGAACUGAAGUUCAUGUUGACAGGCCACCUGAAUGAGGACUGUUAACCAAAGGAAGCUUGGCUUCAACCCACUGGGCAUUGGCUUUCCCUAUUUAAGUGGAAGCCAGAUUCUGAAAACCCUGUGCUCUCCUUUAUUUUAGUUCUCGAGACCACCCUACCAUGAACUCUAGGCACAAUAUGCUCAGGAAGCUAUGGCUGUCUUUCUCAAGAGUCUCUAGCCAGUCCCAUAUGCUCCUCUACAGAGAGACCCACUUUUCUCUGUAGUGUGGAAUAUAAUAAAACACACUCAUACAUCCCUGCUUUUGAGAUUACUUACUCUGUAGAACUCAUAACCUACCUCACUUCACCGGGCCACCCCUCAUUGUUAUCUUUGGAUGAAGUCUGUGUCCUCAGUACAAUCUUUCAGAUUCUUCUUAAACUUUUCUGCUGUGGCCUGAGCUAAGUCUCCAUUCAGAAACUUUGGUCUCAAGAACUGUCUUCAUCAUGGGCACAAAACAGACAAAUGACUGCUGCUCUCCUUUGCCAAACUUGAAUAUGUUUUUCUGUUUUUUUCCCCAAGGCAUAGACAAUAGGUUAAACCACAGUAUGGGUUGAAAUUACAAAGAGCUUCAAGCACUAGGCCGAGGUAGCUUCCCACUGGGGUGGGAGAAAAAGGAACUUUUACUUUCUUGUUCUCUACUCCACUUCAAAUAACGUGUAACUAGAAGAACUAGGGAAGGUAGGAAAGGAUGGCAGGAACAGGAAAUAACUGCAGGAGUUCAUAGGGACAACAGGUUGGCCUCCAGAGCUAAUAGAGCCUAGCAGGACAAAAUAUAAAGGUUGCAUGAGAUAGGCAGAAUCUUAGGAAAGUUGGCUCUUCAGCACCCUAGGAUUGGCAAAGUCCCUUGACCUCUGCUAGGCUUUCCUGUAUAGGUGAGAACAUCUGAAACUUUACCCUGGAGACAUAGGAACCAAAGUAGCACUCCUUCUUGGGGAAAUGUUAAGUAGAAGAAAGGGUCAGGAGUAUAAUACAGAGAACUUCUCUGGUUUAUUUACUUUUGAUGGUUAAAUGCCUCCACAUUCAUAUAUAUCCUCUCUAGCUGAAAGGAUAGAUGUUUCUGUCCUGGUCAUGGGCAAAGGAUGAUCAAACAAUAAUCAAAUAAUUAUAAUUAAAAACAACAAUAAUGGGCCAGACGCGGUGGCUCAUGCCUAUAAUCCUAGCACUCUGGGAGGCUGAGGAAGGUGAAUUUCCUGAGCUAACAGGUUCGAGACAAGCCUGAGCAAGAGCGAGACCUCAUCUCUAAA